GUUCUUCAAUCGAUUCUAUGAUUCUUGAGUUUUUCUUUUGUGCGCCAAUCUAAAUUGCGUGUAUACAAUCAGAUCAAUUACAUAUGAUUUGGGAUAAAACGCUUCUUUUAUGAACCCUAGAAUCCCUUCAUCGAUCUAAAUUUGUGUGUUUUUUAGUUUUGUUCUUCUUCGGUUUUUAUUAGUUCAAGAUUAUGAUUAACCAUCCUUUUCUUUAGCGAUUAUUGUUCUAUAAGUUUUGAUCUAUUUUUUGGGUUUGUUAGAUUACGAUUAAUAGAUUGUUACAUUACAUCACACAUAUAAUUGCUAUAAUUGCUGGUGUUAGGUUCCGAGGGCAACGAUGGUGAUUCAUUCGUUGAUUGUUGUGUAGAUGUUGUUUGAUUAUAGAUAGAUGAUCGAUUGAGCGGACUACAAGUCUUCAAUGGGGAUUGGGAACUAUACACACGAUUUGAGGUUUUGGGUUUCAAUCCAAUCCGUAUAAUUUCUUCUCAAAAUCUCUCUGAUCCUUCCAUUUUUUAGAUGGGCAUGAAAAAAACAAAGCAACAAUGUGUUGGUGACUUGGUUUUAAAAAGCGAGAAGCACACCAAGUGAACAUGGUCUAAAAGGCAAGGCGCAACCGCGAGCGUCCAGAUAACUAGGGAGACAACGCAGUCCGUGGCCAAACUGUAUUUGCAAAAGUUGCAUCCAUCAUUUCAAAGUCUUUACUGAUCUUUAUUGUUGUCACUCAUGGUUGGGAUUCUGGAAUCCACAAUGGGGCUCUGGAGUGAUUGCAGUGAUGCUUCAUUUGGCUACCCUGGAUGCCUAUCACUAUCCAGGACUUUGAGCAUUGGGCUAGAUUUGGACAACCAUGUAGCAAGAUGUGGAUUUGUUAAAUAUUCAAAUAGAGACGUGGCAAUGGCGGCUAUAAACGCUUUUAAUGGAAUAUACACAAUGAGAGGUUGUGAACAACCUUUGAUCGUUCAAUUUGAUGACCCUAAGCGUCCCAGGCCUAGACCUGGAGAACCAAGAGGAAGUCCCGCAUUAGGUGGUCCUGGGUUUGGUCCUCGGAUACCGUCUCCGGGGAUUAGACCACCGAACCAUGUUUCAUGCCUUAUCUUAUCAAGCCAUCUAUGUCUAGCUCGAAUAAAAGAGACUUUAUUCGCUCUCUUCAUGUCAAUAAACAACCUUGGGGCCACAAUCAGCGGGUUUCUUGGUGUGGGUUUGGCUUCAGUUUUGAACAUCUCUUCGGGUUCUUUUGAUAACCUUAGUUUCGGGAUAGCUAUUUGGCCAUCUGCUCAUUUUUGCCAAUUGAAUUCCUAUUUUUGAUACUAGAGGAAACUACAGGGAUAUUAGCUUAAUUGAAGCAAACAUUGUUCUUCUAUUUUGUUAGAUUUUUAACAGUUUUGAGUUGGUUUACCAGUCGUGAAGUGGACGAUCAACCUAGGUAUAGUUUGGUUUACACUCGUCAUGUAAUUUUUGAUUUAUUGAUUAUCGGAUUGGGAAAGGGACAACCUCUUAGACUCAAGAACAAUUUGUUGGAUACUUAUUGGCUUAUUGCAUUAAAAGGUACAAACCAGCAUUUAGGAACUGGUGACACAGAAAAUGAAACAAAUUUUGGCAAAAAGAAAGUUGUGGAAUACUUGCAAAGUUUCUAGAAAACGGGUAAUUUGACCAAGAAGUUGAUAUGAAUGGAGGCUAGGCUACUAGGAAAAUUGCGAAGGGUAAGGGCCUUUCACAGUAGUUGCAGGUAUUGCACGUGUAUGGAAAUCUAGGGAUGAGCAAAUGGUAUCGGGUACCGGUUUGAAACAAGUAUCAAAUUUCCCGAACCGACUCGAUUUUUAGCACCGACAUUUUGGUUUUUUGUAUCGGUUUGGUACCGGUAUUUACCGGUUUUUACUUUCAAAUAAUGGUCCGUACAGGCACCGUACCGUACCGGGUAUUUUCGGUACCGGUUUCGAUACCCAUUUUUCGGGAUAUUCGGUACCGGUACCGAUACCGGUUGGUACUAAGCUCAUCCUUAUGGAAACCUAUAGCUGGAAUAGAAAAAGAUUUGGAACGCACGGUAAUCAAAAGAAACUGUGACAUGCAUUUUUUUUCAUCAA